GAUCGGGACUCGGGAGUCGGGAGUGGGGCAUAGAGAUUCCGAACGGCGAUGGUGGCGUGGCCUGGCCUCGCCGCGGCAUCUUCUUCUCCCCCGAAUCAGUGAAAGCAACGAUCUUGCUGGGAUAUAUUCGUCUCUCCCCGAUCGGACCACCUCUCCUGCAGUCUCCUCGCGGACAGGCAGCGCCGGAGAGAAAACAAGGGAGCCUUUUUUCGCGGAAUCCGUGAACGGUUGAGAGAUGGCAGAGACGGUGUUCACUCCCUCUUUGGAAGGGAUGAAGCAUGUCAAGUCAGACAAUGGAGUCAUUCUCACCAAGCCCUUCCUUGAUGUGUGCAAACAAAUCUUGCCUGUCCUGGAUAAAUUUGGAGCUGCUAUGGCAAUCGUAAAGAGUGACAUCAGUGGCAAUAUCACAAGGCUGGAAAAUAAGUACUCUUCAGACCCAUCAAAAUACGAGCACUUGUACAGCAUGGUUCAGGAAGAAGUCCAAAACAAGACUGCAAAAGGUUCCUCAAGCUGCACAAAUGGACUUCUAUGGCUCACAAGGGCCAUGGAUUUCCUUGUUGAGUUAUUCCGUAACCUGCUUGAGCAUCCGGACUGGACUAUGAGUCAAGCUUGCACUGAUUCAUACACCAAAACUCUGAAGAAAUUUCAUGGCUGGCUUGCCAGUUCUAGUUUUACGGUCGCCAUGAAGCUUGCUCCUAAUAGAGAUAAAUUUAUGGAGGUCAUUAGCAGAACGGGUGACAUCAAAGCAGAUAUUGAGAACUUUUGCACAACCUUUUCACCUUAUCUCAUAGAAAAUCAUGAGUUUCUAGCCAGUGUUGGUCUUGAUGAUAUGAAGGCUUCAUAGAGCAACUCACCGCAGCAAUCACAACAGAAUAAGCAUGUCUUAUGAAACCAAGUGUUGCCGAGGAUAUACUUGUUUAACUAGCCAUCUUCCAGAAAAAAAAUCAUACAGGAGAAUAAUAAGUCUGUCAGCAUGCUUGGCCAUGGCUACUUACACAGUGGAUCAUUGGUUGGCAACAAACUUACCUUCCGAACUCAUUCCCUUGUUACAGAAAAUUUGCAUGUGAUGAUAUCAAGGGCUUGUACUCUUAAAAAUUCAA